GUGAGUUUUGUCUCUUGUUUCUUUUAUUACACACAAAUAGAUGAAACGAGGAAAGCUAUUACUUCUUUUGUUACUUCCAUAAAAAGAUCCUUCCUUUCUCAGAUAAUUUAGUUUUGAUCAUCUUCUCUCUUUUAUUCUCGUAGCUCCUCCAUUAAUGCUUAUAUAGUCUCUCAUAUCUUCCUAUUUAUACACAAUCCUGCUUCUUAGCUCACUCUUCUAUUAAUCUCCUCACAAGCUUCGUGGUUAGGUUUCUAUAUUUAUUAAUCCUUUUGGUCACCGGGAAAUUAAACAAGGAGAAAGAGAUGGUGAGGGGAAAAACUCAGAUGAAGCGAAUAGAGAAUGCUACAAGCAGACAAGUUACUUUCUCAAAGCGAAGAAAUGGUUUGUUGAAGAAAGCCUUUGAGCUCUCAGUGCUUUGUGAUGCUGAAGUUUCUCUGAUUAUCUUCUCUCCUAAGGGAAAACUUUAUGAAUUCGCAAGCUCCAAUAUGCAAGAUACCAUAGAUCGUUAUCUGAGGCAUACCAAGGAUCGAGUCAGCACCAAACCGGUUUCUGAAGAAAAUUUGCAGCAUUUGAAACAUGAGGCGGCAAACAUGAUGAAGAAAAUUGAACAACUUGAAGCUUCCAAACGUAAACUCUUGGGAGAAGGCAUAGGAUCAUGUUCGAUAGAGGAGCUGCAGCAAAUUGAGCAACAACUUGAGAAAAGUGUCAAAUGUAUUCGAGCAAGAAAGACUCAACUGUUUAAGGAACAAAUUGAGCAGCUCAAGCAAAAGGAGAAAGCUCUAGCUGCAGACAACAAGAAGCUCGCUGAAAAGUGGAGAUCUCAUGAAAACGAAGUUUGGUCGAAUAAGAACCAAGAAAGUGGAAAAGGUGACGAAGAGAGUAGCCCAAGUUCUGAAGUAGAGACACAAUUGUUCAUCGGGUUACCUUGUUCUACAAGAAAGUGAACAAACCACUCUUCCAUAUAGAAAAACAAAAAAAAUAAAGCAAAAAAAAAACUAAGUAAGAAAAGCCUUGGCAGCGAAUGUAUAAGUACAAGUAACAAAACUCUAAAGCUGCUUCUCUUGUUGUCUUCUUUCUCUCUUCGUCAAAACUGAACUGCUUCUGUUAUGUAUCUAUUAUUAUGUUCUUUUUAUACACUUGGCUCUGUAGAAUCUAGUUACGUUUAUUGUUCAUUUUCAAGUUUUAUUAUUAUGUAUAUCAA